AAAUCAGUGGAAUACCGGAAAGCUGGGACUGCCCUCCGACUGGAUGGUGAAUACUUCCCAAUACUAGAUCCACUCUUAUGCCUCUGAAAACACGUUAGUUCUCUGAAGCACAGCUCGAAGAGCCAAUAGUGUCCCUUCUUAACGUCCAAAAGCCGUUUUUGUCCCAGUUAAUGAUUGGCGCUACAUUGGCACCAAUUCAGCACAUGCUAUUACCGCUCACCACUGAAGAAGUUGAUUCCCGAUACGACUCGCCUAUGGAUUUGCGACCCGACUUUUUGCUGUCUACCGCUCGCGUAUUUCUCGAAUCUUACUGGACCGCCGACACGCGACGGUUCCAAAUGCUCGGGUACUUAAAACGUGACACAAGAUACGCUUCGAGCCAGCUUCAUUCAUUGCUUAUACACAACGGUGGCGGUGCAUCCACUGAUGACAUGCUUAUAUAUGCAUUAUCUGGUUCACCGAGCUCUUGGGUACUAAGAAAGCCUCGAUUGUGCUUCCCAGACGAAUUUCAGCCUUCUCAGCCGAUAGACCGUAUCCGUUUUUGCAUUGUCAGGCACCUCAUCACACCGCUGAUGGCUGAGUCUAAGAGGAUUGAUCAGUAUCUCCCCGUAUCCUUUUCCAACCCUGCUUUGAUCACGGGUGCCUUUGAUCCUAGCGAUGAGUCAGUGUCGCCCGAAACUUUUGAAAAUGUUUUUCAUGUAGUUCGUGGUAGUCUGGCGUGCCUAAUGUUGGCAUUGUUCUGUCGACAACGAAUUGGGGCUGGAUUCUGGUCGACAGAAGAUCGUAAAUUGCCUGAAUCUUUGAUGGUAUUCGGCCUCAUCUGGCAGCCGAGUCGCCUUACACUUUUGGCAUUCAUUCCAUUCUGGGACGAAGCUUCCGGGGAGUAUCUCAUAGCAGCUUCAGAAGUGGACACCUUCCUCUUUGGGGAGUAUCCGCCAGAAGAGGAUCAAACCGAAGAACUCAUGACUGGCCCCAAUUCACCUUAUCUUGAACGCGUCCGACUGUUUCUUGCUCUGAAAGUUCUAUCAAAACAUUCAUUUAGACUUUGUGACGUCUUUGACGCCUCGAUGUCGUGGCCACCCUUCGACGUUUGUGAAAUGGAGCACAAGUGGCACCUUCUCUAUCUCCCCCAGGAUGGGCGCACAGAGGCGCUGGAUGAUGUCUCACACAUCGAUGUUGAAGUGGCGGAGACUUAUGAUGAGGAGGAAGCUGGGGAAUCUGAUGAAGACGACAUCUAUGGGUGCAGUAGUGAUUCUGAUUCAGACAGAACCUCCGUCUCCACAACGACCUGCCCCAGCCUCACUUACCCACCCAUUGACACCGACUGCAUUGAAACCUGGCUCGAUACAGUAUUGACUGAAGAGGGAUAGACUUCGUGGGCUUCAGAGGGGCCUGGGGGACUUAGGCAGGCAUCCCGGUUUCUCGCCUCAGUAUACAACAGUUCAUUUUCCCGUAAUUUCUUCUAGUGCCCUUUGGCACCUUGCCUUCAUUAUGUUUUAAUCGUAGGCACAGUAAAACAGGGCUGCAAAUCCAACACCUUGUGGCCUCUGAUCGGUUUGAAAGUGAGCCA